AAUCCAGGUAAAAUAGAACAGGUUUUGCUAUCGCAAACCUGUAAAUAGACUAGUCGGGUAUGCUGGGAAUUCAAGAUGGCUGCGCCCAUGAUAAAUGGAAGUCGGUGAAGUGUAUUUUCUUCUCAAAAACCGCGAAAUCUUCACGCAAGAACAUUCCAAGCACAGGUCCAACAUACCAGAACAUUAUGCACCGGUACUGUACCUGAAUAAAGGCACAGGUCCAAAAUACCGGAGCAUCAUGUGCCGAUACUCUACCUGAGACAUUGAGUAAUAUAACCUGAGAGUUCACCAACCUGAAGAUGCAGCUGGUCUCGCCUAACCUGUACCUGGGUAACCGUGGCGAUGCACAGGACGUCCAGGGCCUCAAGUCUGCCGGAAUCACCCACGUUUUGACUGUGGACAGUGAGGAGCUGAGCCCUGGUACAGAUGCUGGAACGUUCCAGCAGAAGUUUGUUCGUGCGUCGGAUGAGUCGAGUACCGACCUGCUGAGCAGGUUUGAUGAAUGCAGCAGCUUCAUUCAGAAGGGACGGAACCAGGGAGGGGUGCUGGUCCACUGUCUGCAGGGUGUUUCCCGCAGUGCAGCCGUCGUCGCAGCACACCUGAUGCAGACAGAGCGCUGGUCAUGUGACCAGGCCCUGCAGCACGUCCGGCAGGUCAAGCCAGACAUCAGACCCAACGAUGGCUUCAUGUCCCAGCUGAUGUUGUACGAGUCUCUGGGCUGCCAUGUGGACCAGAGUCGCAUUGAGUUCAAACAGUACAGACUGGAGCACCUCGCACAGCAGUUUCACGAGCAAGGUCAAGUGGAGUCCUCGACGUUUGCGUCGGACCCACAUGAGCGUGGAGACACGACAGGAGACGUCUCCAACACGGCACUGUUCAGGUGCAGAAAGUGCAGGAGGAGCCUGUUCCGUUCAGACAGCAUCAUGGAACACGAGACGGGGAGUGGACAGACGUGUUUCUCCUGGUACAAGCGGGGCGGUGCGGGGGAGGGCGGGGGAUCCAGUAUCCAGUGUUCCUCCAUCUUUGUCGUACCUGUCACCUGGAUGGCAGAGUCACUGGCAGGGGUGGUGCAGGGAAAGCUGCUGUGUCCCAAAUGCAACGGUCGUCUGGGCUCGUUUAACUGGGCAGGCGAGCAGUGUUCCUGUGGAGCAUGGAUCACGCCCUCCAUCCAGCUCCACAAAAACCGCAUCGACGAAGUCCGAAACCUCGGCCCCAACUCUCCUGUCAAAGUGUGCAGGUAGAUCGAUGUGUUACUGCAACACCGGACACAAGCAAGAUGAUUUAUCACUUUGUCUUCUGCUUUUGAAAGCAAAAUUUCACAGUCUGAGGAAAAUGGACAUGUUCACGAUACUUUUGACAUGUUCGCAGCACUUAAUCUUCAUGGUGACAGCAAUUGCAGUAAGACAAAUGAUACUAAAGUUCUGUUCAGAAGUGACAGUGAAAACUGUGAAUAUAAAAGUACAGUAAAGAAAAUAAAGAAUUACAGAAUUGCAAUUCUUGAGAAACCAGAGACACAGGCUGAAUUGCCAUGAGAUGACUGGUUCCUUCCUAAUUGUGACAAAGGAUCGGAGGCAGCUAAUUAAAAAUGAACCAGCAGGGUCACACAGUACAGCAAGGGGAAAGGAACGAGGAAGUCGUACGUCUGUGUAUCAUGGCACAGGACUGGGAUUCGAACCCAAGACCUUUGGCUCACAAGGCCAGGUGACUUCUCUCUACCACCGAGCUUCCCUGUAACACACUCAAGGCAGCUGCUGAGACAUGUCCUCAGACAUGUUAUCUCUCUAUUUGGCCAGUUUCUACUCUUUCCAGCCACCCCCCAAAGCCUGGUAGAGGAUAGUAUGCCAGCACUCUAGGAUAAAGGCAGACUAUGUGUAUCUAUAAUUGUAAGCAACAGAAAAGCUGUGAUUUUCACUCACUCACUCACUGUCCAGUUUAGCAUCUGUUGUUCCCUGUCUUCCGAGGGUUAGAUGUGCUUGUGUACACUAAUGCUGAAGCAAUUCUGUAAAAUAAUGAAUGUAUGAGGUACUGUGGAUAGAAAUUAAGUGGUUCAGAAAGCAUUUUAAAUGCUGAUUGGUUGAUAGUUCUGUCACAUGACACUAAGGUCCAGUUCAUUCUGUUAAACUAGAUCUCCAUUGGGUUUUUGUCAAAUCCAAAUUUAAACCAGUCGUAUUUUGUGAAUUACAUCUAAUCUAAAAGGGGCCUAAGAUAUACUACGUAGACAAGGGAAGCCAUAUUUGUAGAUCUUAUUCCCGAUGAUAAUAUAUAAGGCUAACUUGUAUGUUAAAGUUGCUGUCUGUGUGAAUGUCUGUGACUCUUUCCAUGCUGUUCAACAGAAGGAAGAACAACUAGCCUGUGUUACACAGUCUUUUUCUGUCACGUGUGCAAGGAGGCCCCUAGGUAUCACUGUAAUUGGCCACAAUGUUAGCCUGUGUUUACACAAUCUCUCACUGGCUAGCAUUAAUUGAUGUUUUUGCUAGGAGCCAGGUUUAGUCAGGCUAGCCAUAGUAUUUGAACAACGAUGGUUAGAUAGUUGCAGGUUAACGCCUGCAAUUAAAUGUGCAAAGAUUGAGUGUAACAAGUCGUUCGGUGUGAUAUAGCCAGCUGCCUCUGUGCCGCAUGCCUGCGAAGCUGGUGUGUUACGCCGAAGGGUUGUUAUACCGGCUGUACCGAUACAGAUAAAGAAUGUUGUUUGCAGCACAUAAAUACCCAGCGAUAAAUGUGAUGUACAUGUAUGUGGAAAAUGUAUCUUGCUGCAAGUAUUUAUAAUCUCUGUGAGAACAUUAACUGUUAAUGUUGUAGAUACCUGUGCCAUAACAUUGUUUUACAAUGUGAUGCUACAAUUACCUCAAUAGUCUGUGCAACCUACAUGUAUGGCAGUUUGAAUAA